GAGCGCCAUCGCCGCAGCCGCACGCACGUGGCAUGCCUGGAUGUCCCUGUCUUGGCUGUGGCAUGGCGGGCCAAAGGCUCCUCUUGCUCACUGCUGUUGCCCUGGAACUCCUGGGAGGGGCUGGGGGUUCCCAGCAGGACCUCUGGAACCGGGGGGCUGCAGCAGCCUGUCGCCUGGACAACAAGGAAAGCGAGUCCUGGGGAUCCCUGCUGAGUGGGGAGAGGCUAGACACCUGGAUCUGCUCCCUGCUGGGCUCACUCAUGGUAGGACUCAGCGGGGUCUUCCCGUUGCUGGUCAUUCCCCUGGAGAUGGGGACCACGCUGCACUCAGAAGCUGGGGCCCGGCGCCUGAAGCAGCUGCUCAGCUUUGCCCUGGGUGGACUCUUGGGCAACGUGUUUCUCCACUUGCUGCCCGAGGCCUGGGCCUACACGUACAGCGCCAGCCCUGUGCUGCCCCCUACAGGUGGUGAGGGGCGCAGCCUGCAGCAGCAACAACAACUGGGGCUAUGGGUCAUUGCUGGCUUCCUGACCUUCCUGGCUUUGGAGAAGAUGUUCCUGGACAGCAAGGAGCAGGAAGAGAGCAGACAGGCCCCCAGCAAAGACCCUGCUGCUGCUGCCGAGCUCAAUGGAGGCCACUAUCUGGCCCAGCCGGCUGCAGAACCCGGCCUGAGCGCCGUGGUCCGGAACAUCAAAGUCAGUGGCUAUCUCAACCUGCUGGCCAACACCAUAGACAACUUCACUCAUGGGCUGGCUGUGGCUGCCAGCUUCCUUGUGAGCAAGAAGAUCGGGCUCCUGACCACCAUGGCCAUCCUCCUGCACGAAAUCCCCCAUGAGGUGGGCGACUUUGCCAUUCUGCUCCGGGCCGGCUUUGACCGAUGGAGCGCAGCCAAGCUGCAGCUCUCGACGGCACUGGGGGGCCUGCUGGGCGCCUGCUUCGCCAUCUGUACGCAGUCCCCCAAGGGAGUAGAGGAGACUGUGGCCUGCAUCCUGCCUUUUACCUCUGGUGGCUUUCUCUACAUUGCUCUGGUGAACGUGCUACCUGACCUCUUGGAGGAAGAUGACCCGUGGCACUCCCUGCAGCAAGUGCUUCUGCUCUGCAUGGGCAUUGUGGUGAUGGUGCUGUUCUCGCUCUUCGUGGAGUAAUCACCCCGACACCCAACCCCCACACAGCAAUAAGAGACUUGGAUUUACUCUGUGACCGUGUGUGAGGCAGAGGGGGCGAGUGCCUGUGUGAACAAGCGAGCCUCUAACCAGACAGAGGACGGGUGGAUGUGUGUGUGUGUAUGAGGUGUGCAUGUGUGACCAGAGGUGUGUGUGAGACCGACACUGUGAUCCCUUGUGCACUGGGCCUCAGUUGGGCCCAAUGCAUGCACUUGCCACUAGGCACGCUGUGGUCCUCUCUCCUUGACAUCCUGUCAUCUUGGACGUCCUGGAGUAAGCAGUGAGGAAACAGCAGCAUUGGCCCCAAGCAGAAGCCUUUCCCUCCCGGAACCCCAAGGGGAAUGAGGGCAGCCCAAAGAGCCCUGGGCUGCAGGGAGCCCCAAAGCUACCUUCCGCUGGGGCCUCAUGGGCCCCGGGCUAAGGGAUAAACUCCUCUGCUCAUGCACUCAGCCUUGGGCAGCCUAGGGUUGAGGCUAGGUUAACCUCUCUGCUACGCCAAUCAUCUUGGCCCAUCCUUUGCCAGCUCUAAGGCCAAAGAAAGGAGAGGCAGGUGCUCGUGUAGCGCCCCCAGCCCCACUCAGCACUGACAGUCUUCUCUGUCCUAGCAUGGAGCUGGGAGAUGCUUUCUAAGACCUUUUUCCUCAUGGCUACCUUCCCUGGGUCAGCUUCUGUUCCCCUAGUGAAUGCUCCCUGGCAGCACCAGCAGCUCUUGCCACCUCCAGCUGCCAAACAGCAGCCCGCAGGGCAGCCAACAGUCCCAGGCAAGAGAGGCCUCCCGGUCCAGCUCAGGGAUGCUCGUGCCAGCACAGGGUCCAGGCAGAUAUUCUGGGGGCAGGAAGAGAAUGAGCCAGGGCUGUCUCUCCCUGCCGGGGCCCCUUUGCCUUUCCCAAUGCGGGUGGAAAUAAGGUGGGGGUGGUGAGGGAUCCAUGUUGUCAGCACUCAAGAAUGUGCUCUGGGAGAAUGCUGAAGCCAUAAUCCCCAGCUAUUUCCCUUGGCUGGCGCCCAGGUACUCAGCUGGCCCACUCUACAGGCAGGCUCCAGCCCUGCUUCUCAACCAUGGACGUUCUGAGAAGUGGCCAUCGAGAGGGUCUGAAUGGUUUUACAGCAGUUUUGCUGUGGUUCCGAUUGUAUCUAUAAAUACAUGUUCUAUAGAUAAGAUGCAAAUAAAUAUUAUACACAAA